GAGCCGCAGAACCGCUACUUCGACCCUUCCAACGCGACCCUCUCCACCACCGGCGGCGGUCCCGGCAAGAAGCCAGGCGAUGAGAAUAAUGUCAAUUUGGGCAAAACCCUUCGCAUCCUCCAAGACCACCUACCUCGGGUCCUCCAGUCCCCGCUCCCGCAAGAGAUCCUCGCCCCCAACAUCUCGCUCCACCUCUUCCCGACAACGCACCCGCACCUCCCGACCGUCUCCGGCCGCGUCGCCUACACCGCCGCCCUCUGGACCUCGCCCAUUGCCUGGAACCGCCUGCCGCUGGUCGGGAACGUCCGCCUGUCCAUCAUCUCGGAGCGCGUGACGAAGCAGCCCCUCCAUUUUGCGCCGUUACACCCUGGCGCUGUGCCUGAACAGCUGGUCGUCAGGUGGUGCGCGUCCGGCAAGAAGAAUGGCGGAGGGGUCGGCGGCGCCGCGGCAUCACCUUCGUCUGGCGCUGCGACGUCGGAAGGAGAGGGCGUGAGGGCGGAAGACGGCGGGGAUAAAGCGUUUACGGGGCUUUUCGUGUUCCAGUUUGAUGCCGAGGGCAGGAUAUUGAGCCAUACGAUCGAAACGGUACAAGAGGGUGGCGAUUGGGAGAAGGGCGUCGGCGCCAAGGUCGUCGGGCUGACGGAUUGGCUCCUUGGUGGGAUGCGGAGGCAAGGAGACAACCCCAGCCCUGCGUUUGAGGGUCUCGGCAAG